CAGAUACGUCGGGGGACUGGGCUGAGCAGGAACAGGCUGCAGCUGCUGGUGUCUCCAUGUGACUGAGACCCGCCCCUCACAGCGAUGUCGGCCCAGGUGAAGGAUAAAGAGGCUUUCCAAAGGCUCAGCUUCCUCUACCAGGCAGCUCACUGUGUCCUUGCCCAGAACCCCGAGAACCAGGAGCUGGUGCGAUUCUACUGCCACACGCAGCGCAGCAUCAGCCGCAGGCUCGUCCUGAGACAGGACCCGUCAGUGAAGAGAACCAUCUGCAAAUCCUGCUCCUCCCUCCUGGUCCCUGGCAUCAGCUCCACGAUGCGCCAGAGACGGUGCCGCGGCCGGCGCUGGUCAGUCGUACGGUGUCUCUGCUGCGGCCAGACUAAGCGCUUCCCAAGCAACCCUGCGUACAAGCUGUGGGCGGAGCAGCCUGAGGCCCUGCUGGAGAACCAGCCCCAAGCUGACCAGAAACCUGCAGCCCCCCAGGGUCCCCCGAAGGAGCCCUCAGCACAGAAGGCCGAAACCCCCAGUGCGACCUCCGGUCUCCAGAGCUGCCCCACCCCGCAGGGGACUGCAGAAGCUGGGAGCCGCAUGGGGAAAGGGGGCCCAAGCAGGAGGUGACCCCCGGGGAUGGCCGCGAGCAGUGGGCAGUGGCUUGGAGCCUGAUCCCAGCCGGGGGUGGUAAGGACAGGCCUGGGGCAGGUUUUAGGAGACUCCGUUCGUAAGAGAGGUGCCAAGACUGAUUCGAAAACGGGGAGGAAGAGGAGCGACCCCCUCAAAACUAUCCACUCCUGGGGCACUGGCUGGCUCACGGGGGUGGGGAAUGGGAUGCGGGGCCUU